AUGGGUGCACCGGUCCUCAAAGACCAGGCUAAACUCGUCAGCAAUCGUCUACAAGCGCGGGGUAUUAUCACCGAACCGCUCCCAUUCAUCAGUCUCCGAUAUAACAACUCCACUGAAGACGAUUACGCCUGUGACUCUGCCAUUAUCUAUGCCCUCGCAGAGCUCUUGGACAAGUUGGACCGCCAUAAUCGGGAAACAACCAGUGCUAAUGAUGAAAUACGAAAACAAGCCAAAGAAAUAACAAGGCUCAAACAAGAGAAUGCCCAGCUUCAGAGGAAACUCGAAAUGAGUGAACGUCAACUCUCAGACCACGCCAUCGCCUCUCAAAAACAACAAGAAAGCUACGAAACCCUAUCCACCAAACUUAAAAGUGCCCACGGUGAAAUCAAACGACUCAGAAAUCGCAAUGAUGACUUAGUGGGCAAGUUUGAGAUCGAAUCUCGGAAACACGCUCGAGAGAUGGUGGAAAUCAAAGAAAGAUUCAAUCCGUUAAAACGACUAAAGCUAAGUGGCAAAGCUGUGGGUAUAUUCAACAAUCUUGCUACCACUCCUGGAAGUAGCGUGGCCCUGGCAGUGGAAACGCGGCUAUCGAAAGUGGUGGACGACGAAGUCAGUGAUUUAAAGGAAAUUGUGGGUCAACUCUUGACAGAAAACUAUUACUACGAAAACUUCACCACAGAACUUUGUGAAUAUCUUGCCGAUUUACCCGCUCAAGCUCAAAGGAGACGAGUGCCUCCUCCAGAAGAUACCAUUAGAAAGCCUGACGAGUCUUCUGUAGAUCUAGAGGUGCAUCUGACUACAAUGAAACGGUUCGACCAAACAUAUCCUCUUGUGCAUCAAGAACUAGAUGGAAUCAGAACGUAUCUUAAUCUGGCAAAGUCUCGCGAUGAUAUCAACCUGCGAGAUUUAAAGCAACAGCUAAAAGAUAUGAAGGCUAACUUUGAGCAGGCUCUAGCUACUCUGGAACAAUGGAAACAAAUGUGGGAACGACAAAAGGCUAAGGAUGGAAAUUAUAGAGGGUAA